GCCCCGACCAAGAUGGCCGCUCUCUGCUGACACGUGUUUCCGGUCCCACCGCAAGUUUUGCUCGUCUUCUGAAUCGUAGUCAGUUUGUGAUCAUGGCGCAGGGAUCGUUAAAGCUCAAGGCAAAGCCUAAGAAAAAGGUCCCCAACAAGCCCUCGGUGAUGAGGAAAGGAGCUCGAUCGAUCGCACCUAAAAAGUCUCGGGUGAUCCACCAGCAAAAGCUCAAGAAGAAUCUGGAAGUCCAGAUCCGAAAUAAGAUCGAGCAUGACGUCACCAUGAAAGCCAGCCUCCACAUGCCUAAAAAGCUUGCCCUGCUAAAAGCACCAGCAAAGACAGACAAGAAAGGGAAGAACGCCCAUGCUGGUACAAGCAAGUCCUGAACGGGGAGAUCGGUGGAGAGAUGACUGCAGUGGGCACAGCGUGUCGUCGGUCACCUCUGUUUUCUUGUAAAUAUGCUGGUUGUUUCAUAUUUCAGAUUUUAAUAAAAUGCUUUGUUUAAGUCUCAAA